GGCCUCCCCUCCCACCACGUCUUAGUCCGACGACAUCACAGCCUGGCGGUAAAGGUGUAAAUAUGCAAUCUUUAAAUACCACAUCAUUGGCAGCAUCAUUUCUUGCUUUAAAUAGCAUUAUCAAUGAUGAACGCCAAACACCAACACCACCAACCAACAAGGGUAUAGCUGCAUUGGGUGGGAAUCAAAGGAAAAGAAAAACUCCCACACCACCACAAACUAUGCAACGUUUGAGUGCUAAAAAUUAUGCAGCAUUAGCAAACCAAUCGCCAGCUAAGGCAGCCACCACACUUGCUCCUUUACCGCCCAUAAUGCCCAUGAUAACAGGAGUACAUUCAAUGGCUGCCGCGGGAGCCACACCACCCUUACAACUAAUGGCCACACCGCCUCAUAAUUUGGGAGCCUUUAUGGGUUUAAAUGAACAGCUAAUGAUAAAUCCCCAUUUAAUACCCACAGGCUUACCGCCCAAUACCACCAUCACCGCUCAUCCAAAUCCUAAUCAGAAUAAUAUUAACAAUAAUUUUAAAAUACAUUUACCCUUCAAUAAACCCAGUAGCACUACUACGCCAUCACCUGUCGCUUCGCCCUCACCUGCCGCUGCACCCAAAACACCUUCGCCCCAACUAACACCUUCACCGCAGCCGGGGCGUAUGGAUAAAACGUCACGUAGAAUUAAGCCCACUACUCUACUAAAGUCCACAGAUGAAAGUUGGCAAAGACACAAACAGAACGAUAAACAACUAACACAAAGAACACCCAUUUCACUCACAAAUGAUGUGGUCAUUGAAAUGUUGCCACCUGCCACCACAGAAUCACCCAAAUCUAUAUCAGCCUCCUCGUCCCGGCAUCACACACCCAUGACUUCGCCUACAACACCAAAAUCUCAAAAAUCACCCGAUGUCAUUAUGCUGACAACACCCACCGAUCAUAAUGCUGGCAAUGAUUGUGACACUGUUUUGGAUUUGACCCAUUCACCGGACAAAGUUAAAAGUAACAAACCUUUAGAAAUUGUCGAUUUGGUUAAUACACCCGAACAACAAAAACAGCAAAUCAAUGGAGAAGCUAAUAAGGCAAAACCAGAUAAAAAACCCGAUAAACCGCCGCCACCACCACCAAAACCUCCGCUAGAACCGGAAUAUGAAGAACUUAUAAAGGCUUGCCGUGAGGCUGAUCCCUCCAAAGAUAUGGAAAAGUUAAUCAAAACGAAAUUGUUAAAAUACUACUAUGAAGUACACGGUGAUUUUGUUAAAUCGAAAAGUUUUCGUAAAAGUAUACGCAAGGUUGUGGAAAGCAUAAAAGCUAAACCGGAUUUGGUUUACUAUAAUCUUAAAACAAUUGUGGAAGAGUUAAAGGUGCGACGUAAGGCCAGAGUGGUGGAGGAAGCAUCAGCGGCAGCAGCCUCAGCCGAAUCAUCUAACACAGCAGCUAACAAUAAUAAUAAUAAUACUAAUGCAGUAAGUCCCUCAGCAACAGCAGAAAAUGUUGAAAAAACUACAACGACUAUUAGUGACGCGAAUGUUCCUGCCAGCUCCUCAACCUCCAAUACAUCCUCUACAGCGGUCGAGAUUUCAGCCACUGCCACCACAUCGACCGGCAAUAAAAAAUUAGAUGAACAAAUUAAAAAAUUGAAUAAAGCCCUUUAUGUUUUAACCAAACGUAUUGAGGUUUUAGAACAGGCUGAAGUUGAUUGGGAUGAUGAUGAUUCCAGCUUUCUACAAGUAGAACGUUUUAAGAAAAGAGCUUGCCAGAUCUAUGAGAAGAUUUGUGAUCUUACGGGCGAAAGUAAAAAUGCCCAUCGUUUAGUUAAGAAACCUAUAAAAUUCAAUGAAACACGUAUACCACAGUUUAAUAAGACUCUACAGGCGUUUAUCAAUCGCACAAAGGAAUUUCCGGAUUAUUAUGAUGUAUUGCGUAUGCUGGAACAUUGUAAUCGUACCUAUAGUUUGGGUUUAGUUAACUUUGAAAUGAAAAAUAUAGCUGAAGAUGCGUUCAUUAAAGUAGGCAAACUAUUGCAAUCACGACGUAAAGCCGAUCUCUACGAAACUGUCACUCACUAUGCGGGUGAUGGUGCAGAUCCAGCCAAAACUGAUCCGACUUUGGCGGCAAAAUUAAAUGAAAAUCUUAAAAAUCACAAGAAAAUCAAUGAUAUCUUAGAGAAGUUUGCACGCAAACAAGAUAUGCCCGAAGUCGAGGAGGAAGAAGAAAAGGCUGAAACAGCAGAAGAUACUAAAGUAGAGGAGUCGGCUAAAGCAGAAGUUAAAAUGGAAACUGAAACGGCGGAAGUAAAUACAAAUGCUAAUGAAAGCUUAAAUAAGGAGGAUAAAAAACAAGGAGAGGAAGAGAAACAAGUUUUACUAAAGUCUGAGGAAUGUAAAAAAGAAACGGAAACUGUUGGACUAGUUAAAAUGCUGGUUAAUGAAGAAGGGGAGGAGGAAGAGGAUGAUGAAGAAGAAGACGACGAUGAGGAGGAGGAAGAUGAUGAAGAUAAUCUAGAUGAACAAGUAGAAACUUUAGCUAAUGGUGAUGUCAGUGAUAAUGAAUCAGACAACGAAAUGGAAAACGUAAAUAAUAAAAACAAAGAAAAUGUCUCAAAAGAUUCUAAAAAACUCAAUGAAAGUCUGGUUAGUGUUAAUGAUAGUAUAGAAAUUUUGGAAAAAUCUGAUGAUAAAUCAUUAUCAACAGAAUGUAUAGAAAUACCUGAUAAUUCACAAGAUAUUUUGCAAUUAGAUAAUACAAUGGAAAAUUGUAUGGAUAAGUUAAAUGCGAAUGAAAACAACAACUCUGCCAGAGAUAAUUUGUUAUUAAAUAACAAUAAUAAUGAGUUGUUGGCAGCAGCAAAUACAAAGACUGUCAUUACUACUAACGCAAGUAAAGAAACAUCUCCACUAACAUCACCUAAAGCUCCUCCUACUCCUGCCUCUAUAAUGCCCAUAAGAAAUGGUAAACUUAGGGAAACACCUACACCCCAUCUGCUCAAUAACAACAAUAAUAAUAAUGCCAGCAUUAAUUUGGAUACAGCUACCGCCACUCUUACGACCACCACUACAACGGCAGAUUUAAAAAUUGUUCAUGUCUCUAGUCUAGAACCCGAUACAAAUAAUAUUACAACUACUACAACUGGUGGCAGUAAUAUUGAGGUUGGUAGUAAUUUAUGUACAGAUUUAACUUCUACAAUAUCGGCAAAUAAAUCGUUAGAGGAAAUUGUUAUAUCCGAUGAGGAAUCAUAGUGUUUAUUGGAUUUAACUAUGCACAAACGAUGAUAAUGAUGUUGAUGAUAAAAUGUUGAAAUAAUUUAUUUUGGAUUUUUUAAAAAUUUGAAAUUUUCAUUUCUGUUUUGUAAAUUUUUUUUUUUUUUUUGCCAAUUUCAACUAUUUUCGGUUGUGGUUUUGUUUGUUGAACGGUGUGUGUGUAUGUAUGUGUGUGUGGUAUAUUUUAGGGGGUUUGUGCUAGGAAAACUAUUAAAUUUUGUUUGGUUUUUUAAACAGAAAUUUCGUUGAUUUUUUCAAAAAUCUUCUGUCACUUCAUUUGCAGUAAAUUUCACUUAAAAAAUAAUUCUAGCUAAUAUGCAACAGUUUGCAAGACUAAAAAUCUUAUAUAUGAUGUUGCAAAUGCAUUAUUUCAACUAAAUAGUGCUUGGACAACAAUUCAAUCGAAAAUUUCACAGUUUGCAAGACUGAAAACCUUGUAUUUAAUGUUGUAAAUACAUUAUUUCAAGUAAACUAUGAUUGGAAAACAAUUCUAGAAAAAAUUUCAUAGUUUGCAUGACUGAAAAUCUUGUAUUUAGUGUUGUAAAUACAUUAUUUCAAGUAAACUAUGCUUGAAAAACAAUUCUAGCAAAAAUGCCACAGUUUGCAAGACUAAAAAUCUUGUAUUAGGUAUUGCAAAUGCAUUAUUUCAUGUAAAUAAUGCUUGGAAAACAAUUCUAGCAAAAAUUUUACAGUUUGCAAGACUAAAAAUCUUCUAUUUGGUGUUGCAAAUGCAUUAUUUCAAAUAAAUUUCACUUAAAACACAAUUCUAGCAAAAAUAACACAGUUUGCAAGACUAAAAAUAAUGAAUAUGGUGUUGCAAAUAUACACUUUCAACUAAACUUCACUUGGUAAAAAUUUCCAGCAACAUUGCCAUAGUUUGCAAGUCUUAAAAUUAUACGAUUAUGGUGCUGCAAAUAUAGUACUUCAAGUAAUAUUCACUUUGAAAACACUUCUAGCAAUAAUUCUACAGUUUGCAAGUAUAAAAAUUUGCAUUUGGUGUUGCAAAUGUACGCUUUCAAUUAAACUUCACUUGCAAAAUAUUAGUAGGAACAUUGCCAUAGUUUGCAAGACUAAAAAUUAUCCGAGAUGUGAUUUACAGCAAUUAUGAAAUUUGCAAGACUAAAAACUAUACGAUUAUGGUGUUGCAAAUAUAGUACUUCAAGUAAUAUUCACUUUGAAAACAUUUCUAGCAAUAAUUCUACAGUUUGUAAGACUAAAAAUCUUGCAUUUGGUGUUGCAAAUGUACGAUUUCAAUUAAAUUUCACUUGCAAAAUAUUUCUAGGAACCUUGUCAUAGUUUGCAAGACUAAAAAAUUAACGGAGAUGUGAUUUACAGCAAUGAAUGAAAUUUGCAAGACUAAAAAUCAUACGAUUAUGGUGUUGCAAAUAUAGCACUUCAAGUAAUAUUCACUUUGAAAACACUUCUAGCAAUAAUUCCACAGUUUGCAAGACUAAAAAUCUUGUAUUUGGUGUUGCAAAUACAUUAUUUCAAGUAAGAUUUUCUUCGAAAACAAUUCUAGCUAAAAUGUCGCAGUUUGCAAGACAAUCUUGUAUUUGGCAUUGCAAAUACAUUACUUCAAGUAAAUUUCUCUUGGAAAAUUGUUUUAGCAAAAAAUGUCAUAGUUUGCAAGACCUUAAUAAGUUGUGAUUUACUUAACUUAAACUUGUAAGAGUAAAAGGCAAACUACCUUUUCAAACGUGGCAAAAGAGCUGCAGUAUUUAACGAUUACAACGGGAAGCUGUAAUGUACUACAGUUAAUGCAAUUUGCAAGACUAAAUGUUGUUUUCUUGGGUUGUAGAUAUACUUUUUUGGGUGGAAUUAUAUUGAAAAAUAAUUCUAACAAAAUGGAAACAGUUUACAAGACCUCAAUAACAUUAAAAAGGGGAAAACUUUCAUAUUUUGGUGUUGCAAAUAUACUUUUAUGAUUGAACUUAUGUUGGAAAAUAAUUCUAGUAAAAUUGCAACAGUUUGCAAGACCUCAAUAAAAGCAAAAUAAAUAAUUGUAGUAAAAAAUGCAAUUUGCAAGACUAAAUUUUGUUUUCUUUGAUUGCAAAUAUACUUUUUUGAUUGAACUUAUCUUGGAAAAUAAUUCUAGUAAAAUUGCAACAGUUUGCAAGACCUCAAUGACAGCAAAAUAACUAAUUGUAUUAAAAAAAAAGCAAUUUGCAAGACUAAAUUUUGUUUUCUUUGAUUGCAAAUAUACUUUUAUGAUUGAACUUAUGUUGGAAAUUAAUUCUAGCAAAAUUGCAACAGUUUGCAAGACCUCAAUGACAGCAAAAUAAACAAUCGUAGUAAAAAAAUACAAUUUGCAAGACUAAAUUUUGUUUUCUUUGAUUGCAAAUAUACUUUUAUGAUUGAACUUAUCUUGGAAAAUAGUUCUAUCUAAAAUGCAACAGUUUGCAAGACCUCAAUAAAAGCUAAAUAAUUUCAAAACUUUCAUUUUUGGUAUUGCAAACAUACUUUUUGUAUUAAACUUUUGUUACAAAACAAUUGUGAUGGAAAUGCAAUAGUUUGCAAGACCUUAACUAAGACAAAAAUUGAAUUUAGAAAAAUUUAAAGAAAAUAUAUUUUUUUUUUUACUUUUUGCUAAAAUUUAUUUGAAAAUUUGAAAAUUUUUAAAGAAUUUCUUUUAUGAAACAAAUGAAAAAUUAUUGCAAAAUUAAGCUUUUUUUACAAAAUUAUUGUUAUUUUCUUGUUGAUUUAUUAAUUUUUAUAUAAUUAUUUCUUUACAUGUUAAUUUUCGUAUUCGAAAUUUUGUGUAAUAUUUACAUAUUAUUGAAAAUUUUGAAUCUUAAACAAUAAAUUGUUUAUUUUAUUUAUUCAUUAUUACAAAAAUUUCUUAAUCAUGAGGAAAAUUGAAAAAAUAUGAUUUAAAAAAAUGUUCAAAUUCGAAAAUUUAUAUAAAAAAACCAUUAUUUCCAAUAGUUUUCAACUGCGAAACCCCUUUUUUGUUAAAAUAUAACCAACAUCACUCUUAUACUGUAUACCAGAUUUAUUAAAUUUGUAUUUUGUUAAUUAUUUUAUGUUGAUUAAAAAAAAAAGAAUUAAAAAAAAAAUAAUGUUUUAAUAAUUUAUAUUUGUUUUCUUUUUCUUUAAACUUAAUUUAAUUAUUACUUUCAAGUAAUAUUUUUAAAUUUAAGCUAAAGCUUUGUAAGCUGUAUAUACAUAAUAAUAAUAAUAAAAAAAUAAUUCCUAAUUAAUCAAUAAUUACUAUUAAGAGAAUUUUAAAACGAAAAGAAAAAACACAUUUCUAACCUUACGUCCCCCUUAACCCUAUGACUUAAAUAAGCAAUUAGUAUUUUUCAUUUUUUUGUAAUACAGUGUAAAUAACAAAAAUAUUAUAAAUAUAAAAAAAAAACAAAAAUUUAUAUAAUGAAAAAAAUAUAUACAUUACACUCUCUACAAAGGUCGUUUAAAUUUUAAGUCAUUUGUGUAUUAAUUAUUAAUAUUUUAUAUAAUUUUGUGUAUAAAAAUAAAAUUUUAUUAAAAAUAUGUAACGGAACAGUGAAAAAAACAAAACUCUUAAGUCAAAAACCUUAAAAAAAUUAAUAUAAAUAAAAUUUAUAUUUUUUAAACAUUUCAAUU